CUGGAUUUUGUGUCGAGGUGAAAAACUCUUUUAGGACUAAAACAAGAAGGAUGGAGGGAAAGAGAUCAGACUCACCAGAACCCAGCUCGGUGUCCAUGAAGAGUCAAUGGACAAAGGACCAUUCAGUAUACUUCAGAGACAGUUCUGCUGAUCUGAGAAUGAUGGAGGGAAAGAGAUCAGACUCACCAGAACCCAGCGGUGUGUCCAUGAAGAGUGAGAUGUCAGUGGGACGUCCACCUGCCUUCAGAGACCGAGACGGUUCUGCUGAUGUGAGACCACAAAAGAAGAAAUCAAACAUCAGCAGAAGUCAACUGGAGUCCAUAUUCAAGGAGCUGGAACACAAAGUCAUCGCUGUGAUACAGAAGGAGCUGAAAAGGUUUAAGAAGCUCCUGAGUCCAGAUUCCCCAGCAUGCUCUGAGAGGGAGGUGGAGGAUGAGGAGGAUCAGAGCAGCAUCAGAGAGGGAGUGCUGAAGAUCACACUGCACUUCCUGAAGAACAUGAACCACACAGAUCUCGCUCACACACUGCAGAACAAGUCUGCGGUCUCUGUGUGUCAGCAAAAGCUGAAAUCCCACCUGAGAGAGAAGUUCAAAAGAAUUAAUGAAGGAAUCUCACAGCAUGGAAGCUCAGCUCUUCUGAAUGAGAUCUACACAGAGCUCUACAUCACAGAGGGUUGGAGUGGAGACGUCAAUAAAGAACAUGAAGUGAGACAGAUUGAGACAGCGUCCAGGAGACCAGCAACACAGGAGACACCCAUCAAGUGUAAUGAUCUCUUUCAAGACAUGUCCAUCAGAAGUGUGCUGACUAAAGGAGUUGCUGGAAUUGGAAAAACAGUCUCUAUGCAGAAGUUCAUUCUGGACUGGACUGAAGGAAAAGCGAAUCAGGACGUCACCUUCAUGUUCCCACUUCCCUUUAGAGAGCUGAAUCUGAUGAAGCAGGAAAUUCUCAGUCUGAUGAAUCUCCUUCAUCACUUUUUCCCAGAAAUGAGAGAACUAGGAUUAAUAGACUGUAACAUCUACAAAGUCCUGUUGAUCUUUGAUGGUCUGGAUGAGUGUCGAUUUCCUCUAAAUUUCCAGAACAGUGAGAGAUUGUGUGAUGUGACAGAGUCGGCCUCAGUGGAUGUGCUGCUGACAAACCUCAUCAAGGGGAAUCUGCUUCCCUCUGCUCUCCUCUGGAUAACUUCACGGCCAGCAGCAGCCAAUCAGAUCCCUCCUGAGUGUGUAGACCAGGUAACAGAGGUACGAGGGUUCAGUGAUCCUCAGAAAGAGGAGUACUUUCGGAAGAGGAUCAGUGAUCAGAGCCUGGCGAAUAAAAUCAUCACACACAUGAAGUCCUCAAGAAGCCUCUACAUCAUGUGUCACAUCCCAGUCUUCUGCUGGAUCUCAGCCACUGUUCUCGAGAGAAUGUUGGGUGAAGCAGAGAGUGGAGAGAUCCCCAAGACUCUGACUCAAAUGUUCACACACUUCCUGAUCUUUCAGAUCAAACACAAGGAGCAAAAGUACCAUCAGAAAUGUGAGCCUGAUCCUCAGCAGACCAGAGAGAGUAUCCUGGCACUGGGAAAACUGGCUUUCCAACAGCUGGAGAAAGGAAACCUGAUCUUCUAUGAGGAAGACCUGAGAGAGUGUGGCAUUGAUGUGAGAGAAGUGUCAGUGUACUCAGGAGUGUGUACCCAAAUCUUCAGAGAGGAGUUUGGGCUUCACCUGGGGAAGGUCUUCAGCUUUGUACAUCUGAGUGUUCAGGAGUUUCUGGCUGCUUUAUACACAUUUCUCUGCUUUCUUUUUACAAAGACAAAUGUGCUCGGGAAUCAACCUCCUGGACUUUUUAAUUUCUUCAGAAAGUCAAACAUGUCUGAUUUCCUCAGGAGUGCAGUGGACAAGGCCUUACAGAGUGAGAAUGGACACCUGGACCUGUUCCUCCGCUUCCUUCUGGGUCUCUCACUGGAAUCCAAUCAGACUCUCUUACGAGGCUUGAUGCCCCAGACAGGAAGUAGCUCUCACAGCAAACAGGAAACAGUCAAAUACAUCAAGAAGAAGAUCAGGGAGAAUCCAUCUCCAGAGAAAUCCAUCAAUCUGUUCCACUGUCUGAAUGAACUGAAUGAUCAUUCUCUCGUGCAGGAAGUACAAUGCUACCUGAACAGAAGACAUUCCUGGUGUCUCAGAGGAACCAGACUCUCUCCUGCUCAGUGGUCAGCUCUGGUGUUUGUGUUACUGAACUCAGAACAGGAGCUGGAUGAGUUUAAUUUGAGUAAAUAUGACCCAUCAGAGGAAUGUCUUCUGAAGCUGAUUCCAGUGGUCAAAGCCUCCAGAAGAGCUGAUCUGUGUCGGUGUAAACUGACAGAGGAAAGCUGUAGAGUUCUGUCCUCAGUUCUCAGCUCAAACUCCUCCAGACUGAGAGAACUGAACCUGAGUGCCAAUAACCUGCAGGAUUCAGGAGUGAAGCUGCUCUCUGCUGGACUGGAGAAUCCACACUGUACACUGGAGAAACUGAGUCUGUGUGGGUGUAAACUGACAGAGGAAAGCUGUAGAGUUCUGUCCUCAGUUCUCAGCUCAAACUCCUCCAGACUGAGAGAACUGAACCUGAGUUUCAAUAACCUGCAGGAUUCAGGAGUGAAGCUGCUCUCUGCUGGACUGGAGAAUCCACACUGUACACUGGAGAUACUGAGUUUGUGGGGGUGUGAUGUGACAGAGGAAAGCUGUAGAGUUCUGUCCUCAGUUCUCAGCUCAAACUCCUCCAGACUGAGAGAACUGAACCUGAGUUGCAAUAACCUGCAGGAUUCAGGAGGGAAGCUGCUCUCUGCUGGACUGGAGAAUCCACACUGUACACUGGAGACACUGAGUCUGCGUUGGUGUAAUCUGACAGAGGAAAGCUGUAGAGUUCUGUCCUCAGUUCUCAGCUCAAACUCCUCCAGACUGAGAGAACUGAACCUGAGUUGCAAUAACCUGCAGGAUUCAGGAGUGAAGCUGCUCUCUGCUGGACUGGAGAAUCCACACUGUACACUGGAGAUACUGAGUCUGUAUCGGUGUCAACUGACAGAGGAAAGCUGUAGAGUUCUGUCCUCAGUUCUCAGCUCAAACUCCUCCAGACUGAGAGAACUGGACCUGAGGGACAAUAACCUGCAGGAUUCAGGAGUGAAGCUGCUCUCUGCUGGACUGGAGAAUCCACACUGUACACUGGAGACACUGAGGUUGUCGAACUGCAGGAUUACAGGUGAAGGUUUUGCUGCUCUGGUUUCAGCUCUGAGGUCAAAUCCCUCAUCACACCUGAGAGAACUGGAUCUGAACUGUAAUAAUCCAGGAGAAUCAGGAGUGAAGCUGCUCUCUGAUCUACUGAAGGAUCCACACUGUACACUGGAGACACUACAUCUGACAGAACUGAAUCUGAGUGGAAAUAAACUGCAGGAUUCAGGAGUGAAGCUGCUCUCUGCUGGUCUGGAGAAUCCACACUGUACACUGGAGAAACUGAGGUGUGCAGAUGAAGAAGUGCUUCAGGAUUCUGAUGAACAACCCAGACACCAGAAAACCAACAAACAGCAUGAACAAAACCAGAAGUUGCAGCAGGAGAACAGAGAGCAGAAGCAUUCAGUCAUCACAGAGGUAUUCAUCCCUGAAUUAGUGAAACACGGUGAUGACGGCGGUGCAUACAGAUUUCGUUGCUCUCGUGCUGGUCAGUUUCACUGCAAAUUGACCAACCUUGGCUUUGAGAUGAAAGAGAAUGGGGAAGUGCUGUACACAGUCGUGUCCUGGGAUAACGGUCAGUUGCAGGGCCUGGGCCAAUUCCAGCCUGCAGGACCCCUGUACAACAUCAACUGCUCUGAAGGUUCAAUUCUUUAUCUGCAUUUCCCACACUGCGAGAUACAAACAGGGAGAUCAUUUUGA